UUCUUCUUUCAGCAACAACGAUGUCCCGACAACACGGCUCCAGUAUAUGAUCCUGGACGGUUUUCACCGCCUCAACUCGACACACCACCACCGCCAGUGUUGAAUACUGCCCAACAGGCGGAUUUUGAUAACGGUGGCGCCUCCGGUGAUGACAUAUUUUCCUUUGAAAAGCACAACAACAACUGUUGGAGCAGCAGCGCAAAAAUGAAUAGUCACCCAGUAACGAGAAAGUUCAGUUUGGCCGACAAUUUCUACUCACCGCAUCCACAGCAUCAUCCAGAUUCCGGUGAUACGUGUUUUUCGACUUAUCAACCUACAUCACACCCUCUUUCAAAGAUUAGCUGA